AUGGUGUUUGUUAUGGGAGCGGUAGCGGAUAACCGCGUAAUGGAGAAAGUGAAAAUGGAGCAUGCGCAUUACGGAGACAUUUUGCAGGAAGAUUUCGUGGAUUUCUACCGGAACUUGACACACAAGGGCAUUGCAGCACUGAACUGGGUUUCUAGCUACUGCUAUAAUACCACAUAUGCCCUUAAGACAGACGACGACAUUAUGGUUAAUAUAUUCAAAUUAGUGUCCAAACUGACCUCUGACAUUGAGAAUCGUCUUGGCAAAAAAGAUUUGAUACUGAGUAACCAAUGGUUACGCAUGAAGGUUCUUCGAGACAAGAAAAGCAAAUUGUACAUUCCAAAGGAGGAUUUUGAGCCAAAUUAUUUCUCGCCAUAUUGUUCAGGAUCGGCAUUUAUUCUAAGCAUUGACGUUAUUAGGCGGAUGUCGGUUGUUGCGAAAUGCGUGCCAUUUUUCUUGGUAGAUGAUUAUUACAUCACAGGCAUGCUAGCGAAAAAAGUAGAUUUGACUCCAAAAAACGUCUAA